AUGGCGGCGGCCUUGGUAGGGAGCACCGCUCCGUUCGACAGUGAGACACAGACGUGGGAAGAAUAUUGUGAGGUUCUUCACCAUUUUUUUGAAGCUAACGAAAUCACAGAUGCAAGUCGGCAGAAAGCUAUAUUUCUCAGUUCGGUGGGAAGUCAAACGUACAGCCUCGUGAGGAACCUUGUCAGUCCCGCCAAACCAGGAGACAAGACGUUUGCCGAACUGGUCAAGAUUUUAAAGGAACAUUUCAACCCCAAACCCAGCGAGAUUGUGCAGCGGUUCAAGUUUAAUUCCAGACAGAGGAAGCUUGAGGAAACAGUAAUGGAAUACAUCGCCGUGUUAAGGAAGUUAGCACUGGACUGCAGCUAUGGAGACAAGUUGUCGGAGAUGCUACGCGACAGACUGGGGAAGGAGGUGCCAGAGCUACGCUCAUGUAGAGUGAGGCUAAAAACAUACACAGGACAUAAGGUAAAUGUUGUGGGGGCAGCAGUGGUUAAAGUACAGCAUAAACAGCUAGUAGAGAACUUACCAUUGGUAGUGGUGGCAGGUUCAGGCCCCAGUCUAGUAGGCAGGUACUGGAUUAGAAGGCUAGGGUUACAGUGGAGACCAGAACCCCAGAUCCACCAUGUUCAGACAGAGACCCCAGAGAAGGCACAGUGGAGACCAGAGCCACAGAUACUCCAGGUUAAAGUGGAGACCUUGGAGGAGGUACUGGGGGAAUUUGGGGAGGUUUUCAAAGACGAACUAGGGAGAUUCAGAGGCCCCCCAGCAAAAAUAUACGUGGACAAGGAAGCAGCCCCCAGGUUUUUUAAAGCCAGACCCGUCCCAUACGGCAUGAAAGGGAGAGUUGAGGCUGAACUCGACCGUCUCCUUGCAGAGAAGAUAAUUGAACCAGUAAAAUAUGCUGAGUGGGCAGCGCCGGUGGUCCCUGUGUUGAAACCAGAUGACACAGCAAGACUAUGCGGAGACUACAAACUGACAGUGAACCAGAUCUCAAAACUGGAGCAGUAUCCAAUUCCCAGAAUUGAGGACUUGUUUGCCAUCCUUUCAGGUGGAAAGAAAUUCACAAAGUUAGAUCUGAGUCACGCCUACCACCAGAUUCCAUUGGAUGAGGAAGCAAAAAAGUAUGUAACUAUAAAUACACACAAAGGCUUGUUCACAUACAAAGUGUUACCUUUUGGAGUUUCAUCAUGUCCGGCUAUUUUCCAACGUACCAUGGAGGGACUACUGCAGGGCAUCCCUCGUGUGGCAAUCUUCCUGGAUGACAUCCUGCUGACGGGAAAAGACGACAAAGAGCACCUGCAGACUCUGACCAGGGUGCUGAAACGGCUACAGGAGGCUGGUCUAAGGCUUAAGAGGACCAAGUGUGUGUUCAUGAGUGAGGAAGUGAUAUUUUUGGGUCACAAAGUGGAUGCAACAGGACUGCACCCAAUGCAUGAGAAGGUGGAAGCGAUCAAAGAGGCACCCUCACCUUCAAAUGUGACAGAGUUAAAGGCAUAUCUGGGACUAUUGAACUAUUACAACAAGUUCCUACCAAAUCUGUCUACCGUCCUUGCUCCGGUGCACAAACUGUUACAGAAAGACACAAAGUGGCAGUGGGGAGAUGCACAACAAGCAGCCUUUAACACAUCAAAAGACCUCAUGCAGUCAGCUCAGGUGCUUGUGCAUUACGAUCCAGAAAAAGACAUUGUGCUGUCAUGUGACGCGUCACCAUACGGGGUAGGUGCCGUUCUGUCACACCACAUGCCAGAUGGAACUGAAAGACCCAUUGGUUUUACCUCACGUACACUAAACACGGCAGAGAGGAACUACUCACAACUGGAUAAGGAAGGUCUGUCAGUGAUGUUUGGAAUACAACGCUUCCACAAGUACAUUUAUGGGCGGAGAUUCACUAUAGUGACAGAUCACAAGCCGCUGUUGUCACUUUUCAAUGAGAUGAAAGCAGUGCCACAAAUGGCCUCGUCCAGGAUCCAAAGGUGGGCUGUAACACUGAGGGCCUACGAAUACACAAUAGUUUAUAAAGAAGGAAAACAUCACAGCAAUGCUGACGCUCUCAGCCGCCUUCCUUUGCCAGAUACACCUAAAGUGGAGACGUCGGAAGAGAGGGUUCUCAUGCUGGAGAGCUCUGACAUCACGCUGGUGACAGCUGAUCAAGUGAAAGCAUGGACAGACAAAGAUCCAGUACUGUCGGGGGUGCGAGAAAUGGUUCACAACGGCUGGUCAGCAAAAGAUAAAGGGGAGGAGUUUGCCCCUUAUGAGGUGAGGAAACUUGAACUUAGUAUUCAAAAUGGCUGUGUGAUGUGGGGGUCGAGAGUGGUUGUGCCAAAACCAGGCCAAGGAAGUGUCAUGAGACAACUUCAUCAAUGCCACCCGGGAGUGUCCAGGAUGAAAGCAUUGGCUAGGAGUUACGUAUGGUGGCCGAAGCUGGACAAAGAGGUGGAGGAUACGGUAAAGGCCUGUACAACAUGUCGGGAGCAUCGCAACGUCCCGGCACCAGCUCCGUUACACCCCUGGGAUUGGCCUGACAAGCCCUGGAGUUGUAUUCACGUGGAUUAUGCCGGACCGUUCAUGGGGAAAAUGUUUUUUGUGCUCAUAGAUGCACAUUCAAAAUGGAUGGACGUGUAUCCAGUGAACUCUGCCACUUCAGCCACCACAAUUGAGUGCCUGCGAACCAGUUUCAGUAACCAUGGACUGCCUGAGUUGUUGGUGUCUGAUAAUGGCACUUGUUUCAUCAGCACAGAGUUCAAUGUGUUUUUAAGUAAAAAUGGAAUCCGUCAUGUGACCUCUGCACCCUACCAUGCCUCCAGUAACGGGUUAGCAGAAAGAGGGGUACAAACAUUUAAGAGAAUGAUGAAAAAAUGUCCAGAAGGCACGCUGACAGCUAAAGUAGCCAGAGUGUUAUUCAGCUACAGAGUGACACCUCACACUACAACAGGCCUUUCUCCAGCAGAGUUGCUUCUCGGGAGGAAACUACGUUGCACUUUGGAUUCCAUACACCCAGACCUAAACAAUAGAGUGCAGAAGAAACAGGAAAGACAAAUGAAAGAUCACGACAAAAAGGCAAAAGAACGCUGGUUUAAAACAGGAGAUUCAGUGCUGACCCAGAACUUCAGUUUUGGACCCAAGUGGAUACCAGGAAUCAUUGAGUCAGUGACGGGACCAGUGUCAUACAAGGUGAUGUUGGGUGAUGGGAGAAUAGUGAGGAGACAUGUGGAUCAGAUCCAUGCUCACCAACAGAGACCAGGAAGUGGAAAUGAAAAACAACAAACUGUGUCAACUCAGCCCAACACAAAUGAUGAAGCAUGGCUGGAUACUGAGGAGGUUGCGCUCAGUGGUGACCAGUUGGAAGAGCCAGCAGCAACAGCAGUUGUAGGAAGUUCAGACCAAAGUGCUGUGGCAAACCAAACUCCAGUGAGGAGACUGGCAAAAAGGGAAACUAAGUUGCCCAGUUAUCUUAAAGACUGAGAGAACGAGACUCGUUGAUAAGUGGCCUUAAUAUGGACACCUAAUCAAACAAGACAAUAGCCUGAUGUUUGUGUUGUUAGAAUGUUCCUAAAAACAAAUGUUUGUAUAACCUGCUUAAGGAGGGAGGGAUGUGAUAACUGGGCAGAGCAAUUAAAACAUGUUAAUCCGCUGGUCCACUAGGUGGCAGAAACCCUCUGUUGUUACGGUUGAGUUCACCUAUACCAAGCACAGAACAAUUUCAGGCGGGAAUGUGUCUCGGUUGGCCAUGUUGAGUGUGCUGCAUACCGUGUUC